UUCUUAAUUCUAUAUGCUCAGUCCAAUUCACGAUUUUUUGUUUUACAAUUUUGUUAAAGUGAAGAGCACUCUACUUCUGAGAAUUGUGGAAGGAAUUUGAGUAGAAAUUUGGUGUUUUUUCCUUUAAUUUCUGUUUCUUGUUUGCAAUUACCUCGGAUACGUGGAAAAUUUCCCCAUUUUGGAGCAAGCAUUCCACUUAUUUGACUUCCAACCUCGAAUGAACGAAUUGUUUCAGGGCAGUAUUAGAUGGGAUUUUACCUUUAAGCCUCGUGUGGUUCUCUGCUAGAAUAGCAUUUGUGUCCCAGGGAAUUGAGCUACAUUUCUGUUGGAUAAAAUAACAAUUUUGACAGGGAACCACACACAGCCUUAGUGUACUUCGUUCUUGGAUGUGUUGUCAUCUAUCUCCAGUUCCUAUCCUCGAUCUUAAUGUUAUUUUUUUUUUGUGUGAUAGACGUCUUAUGCUAUCUAUUGAUAGAUGGAUUGGCAAGGGCAGAAGCUAGCGGAGCAGCUCAUGCAGAUAAUGCUGGUGAGCUCUGCUGUGGUGGCAUUUAUUUCAGGCUAUGUUUUGGGCUCAUUUCAGAUAAUGCUGCUGAUAUAUGCUGCUGGCGUUCUAUUGACUUCUCUCAUUACUGUUCCCAAUUGGCCUUUUCUCAAUCACCAUCCCCUCAAAUGGUUGGACCCAAGUGAAGCUGAGAAGCAUCCCAAACCGGUGUCUGCUAAUACUAGCUCAAAGAAGAAGGCUGGCAAGAAAUCAAUGGCAGAAACAAUGUCUGUAUCUCCAACGAAUUUUCAUCCGACAAAUAGCUCUUUACCAGCAUGCUGUUUUCUACUCAAAUGCAUCCACAGAGGACAGGUAUUACCUACUCAGUUUGAAUUGUUGCUUCAUCAGCAUCAUUGCAAUAGAAUCAUUCUAAGGGUUGGACUGCGGCAAUGGACUAUCACAGUUACUGAUCAUUCAUUCGAAGAAGGGUGGGAUGCUUUUUGUGAACACAACAUUGUUAAAAGACAUGACACGUUGUUGCUUCGACAUAGCGGGAAUCUGAUAUUUGAUGUCAUUCACUUUUGUGAACUACAAAAACAAGUUUUAUUGCCCUGGACAGUUCCCCUACCAGACCUGUUGCACAUGAAUGUCGUCGCAUCACGAGAUGAUAUCCAUACACCUACUAGACAACAGCAAGUUGCUUCCUCGCUGAGACCGAAUUUCUGCCAGGAUCUAUCUGAUUCGAUUUGCUUUUAUCAAAUAUUUAACUCUGCAACUCCAAACAGUUUGAAAAUUCCACGCUUUAUUGAUCACUUCAUCAAUGGUUCCAAGACUCCCAAGUUACUUAUCAAUACUGGAAAUAAAAGUACUCAGAUAGGUGUAAAACAUGAACGCCUUCAUCAAAACUGGAGAGGUUUCAUUCUUGAGCAUCAACUGCAGCACAACGAAACUCUUGUCUUUGUUCCGGAAUCUGAAAAUAUAUUUACAGCUUUGAUCUUCGACGAUACCGGAGUUGAAAAGAUUUUUCCUUGGUAUCACACAUUUAAUAUUUAUUCACAUGCUUAACGAAUUUAGCUGAACUAUGCUGUGUAAUAUACCUACGAAUUAAAUACAUUGCUGGUAAUUUUCGC